GAAGAAAGCCAAAAAGGAGCCUCCUUUCCGAGUUCAAAAUUCGAAAACCACCAUAAAAACCACCCCCAAGGCCAACCCAUCCGUUCCGGCCGCAGGCAGAAGCGCACGCCCCCCUCGCCGCAGUUCCACCCCCACCCGAACCCCGAGGAGCGGCGGCGGCGGAUUCGGCCAUGGUGCGGUGCAGCAACGGCCUCCUGGGCCUCCUGAACGCGGGCGUGCUGGUCCUGGCCGUCGUCGCGCUGGGCGGCGGCGCGUGGCUGAGCCACCGCGCCUCCACCGACUGCGAGCGGUUCCUCGAGCGGCCCGUCAUCGCGCUGGGCGUGCUCCUCCUCGCGCUCUCCCUCGCGGGCCUGGCGGGGGCGCUCUGCCGCGCGUCCUGCCUCCUCUGGCUCUACCUCCUCGCUCUCUUCCUCCUCAUCGUGCUCCUCUUCGCAUUCACCAUCUUCGCCUUCGUCGUCACCAACCGCGGCGCCGGGUGGGUCGUCUCCGGCAGGGGGUACAAGGAGUACCGCCUCGGGGACUACUCCACCUGGCUGCAGCGGAGGGUCGAGAACGCCGGGAAUUGGGCCAAGAUCCGGAGCUGCCUCCAGGACGGCAAGGUCUGCCAGAAGCUUGGGGACAGGAAGGAGACGGUCACCCAGUUCGUCAACAGCAACCUCUCCCCGAUCCAGCUAAUACAUCUAUCUUAUGUCCAGUCUGGAUGCUGCAAGCCACCGACCGGCUGCAACUUCACCUACCAGAGCGAGACUGUCUGGAUCAAACCCGCUGGCUUCAACACUACCACCGACGAUCCCGACUGCACCACAUGGUCGAACGUCCAGACCGUGCUCUGCUAUGACUGUAUGGCGUGCAAGGCGGGCGUGCUCGCCAACCUGAAGAACGACUGGAAAAAGAUCGCCACCGUCAACAUUGUCUUCCUGAUCUUCCUCAUCGUCGUCUACUCCGUGGGGUGCUGCGCUUUCAGGAACAACCGGCAGGACAACUCGUACCCGGCCUGGAAGUAAGGUGCGCGUGGCUAUGUAUAGGUUGUUAGGGUGUGUAAUUGUGUCGCGGUGUGGUCUUAUGUGUCAACCGUCAGUAGUUGAUGCUUGCUAGUAUGUUGCUCUGAGCUCUCGAACGUGAAAUGAUGUGUGAAUGGUGCUAAUCAAGAUAUGUCGAAAAUUUGUCUGUCCACCAGCUGUUCUUGGCUCGAGGUUUAACGCUUCUAUUCGAAA